UGUGAAGUGUGAAAUGGCCGAAUCGUAGCGAGUUUAACGGAACUGUACUAUAAGUGAAUAGAAGUCCGGAUUCAACUGUGAAACAACCAAGUCAAAUGUCCUACGCAACAAUUUGACUCAAUAUAUAUAUAUUUUUUUUGGUAGGGAAAAAGUGCGUGGCGGAAUAAGAAAACGCAACACGUAUCCGGUGUUCCACUCUAGAGUGAGAGAAACGCAAAGGACCGGAGCGAGGGUGCAAGGGGAGAGGGGGAUAGUCGCAAACAGAAGAGGGAAGGGAGAGAAGGAAGACGAUUUGGUAUUUUGGCUGUAUCUACACAUUUCACUGAAGGAAUAAUGAGGAACAUUUGGAUAAUUUUGACCCUCGGCAUGACGGCCUUUCUCUCGGGGGAAAGGAUAGCGGACGCGGCCAAGUCGUCCUCCGAAGUGGACGAACUUUUCAUUGACGACACAGGGUCCGGAGGUUACUACCCCGAGGACGACGACGACUUUAACUCGGGGUCAGGGUCAGGCAUUGGCGAGGAGGUGUUCGAGGAGGCGGUGACCGUGAGCACGCUGUACAUUGCUCCCAAAGCAGAACCCACCAAGGACUCCACCAAAGACUUCACUCCUAGAGUGGAGACAGCCACACCCAGAGAGGACCUGCCAAUGCAAACGCCCAGGAAGCCAGUCCGAACAGAGCCCCCUGUACCCGUCACAGAGGACGAGCGUAAGAACCAGAUCACCAGCACCACCGGCGUCCCCAGCUCCCCCCUGGAGCCCAUCGAGGUGCGUUCGGAAAACCUCUUCCAGAGAACAGAGGUGCUGGCAGCUGUCAUUGCGGGCGGAGUUAUUGGCUUCCUCUUUGCCAUCUUCCUCAUCCUCCUCUUGGUUUACCGCAUGAGGAAGAAGGAUGAGGGCAGCUACGACCUGGGAGAGAAGAAACCCUCUGGGGCAGCAUAUCAGAAGGCCCCAACCAAGGAGUUUUAUGCCUAAAGCCCCGCCCCCUCGCGAGAAGAUUGACAAAUCACAGUGACAGUUUAUGGCAGUCCAUGACAACGACAAAAGCUGUUAAAUUACAACAACAAAAAAAAAAUACAUAAAGGAAAGCUUUUGCAUAGAGUAUUGUAAUUAAGACAUUUUCUUUCUUCUUUUUUUAAAUGAAAAGCCAAGCAUUGCUUAUUUUAUGGCAAAUCUCAGUGUAUUUAAACAUUUUGUGUAUUAUUUGAAAAGGCUGAAAAAAACUAAACAAAAAACACAAUCUGUAAAGGUGAGAAAAACUGAUUCCAUCUGUCUUCUGUCAAAGGAGCUGUUUUUAGUCACUGACUACUAUUUAACUGUAGCAGUAUGUAUUUGUAAAGAAUAUUUUUAAAAGUGGAAAUAAUUGAAUAUAAUUAUUCUGUAUCAAUCCUACUUCAUAUUUUUUUUUCUUUUUUGUCCUAGCAUGUCUGACAUUGAUCUCUAAAAUGUGUAUUUCAUUAAUUUAUCUUUUUUUUUUCUGAUGUAAAAAAAAAAAAAAAAAAUGCCUUUGUAGUUUUCAUGAAGUACUUUCGUCUUCAUAUUAACGCUGAUAACGGUCAAUGUAAAUGUUCUCCCUUCAGGUUACAAUGUUUAUUUUCUUGCUCUCACACCCAUCUAGUGGAAAGUGAGCGUUUAAUUUAAUUUUUGUUUGUCUUGUUUUGUUAUCUUUCAAUGUUUCUCUUUGGUCAAAACCAUUUCUUAUACAGCGUACGUGUUUAUAAUCGGGAAUUGGUCUUUAAAAGCGAAGAUGUGGCAGGGGCUCAAGAAAAAGAUCUAAGAUCUACUUUACAGUGUGUCUUGUGGAUGUUUCACAUUCACUGCAUUGCUCCUCUGCUGGUCUCGUUCAGCUCAGAGUGUUUAGUAUAUUUGGGGUUAAAUUUGGCUCAGGGGCGUUGGCUCCCUUCCACCCCCAAUAUUUCCCCCUAGUUUACUUUGCCUAUACCACCUCUGACUCUCACCCCCAGCACUCUCUCCAUCUCCUCAUGGUAAUCAGAUUGGACCAGAGCCAAUGGACCUGUCGGCCCCUCCCCUUUGUCUCACUCCACUGUGUUGCCAGCGCGCCCAGUGUUUUUGUCUCCCCGUGUCGCUGGUUUAGUCAGGAGAUCCUUUCUGGCGGCCUGUUAUGUACUACUGGACACGCACCAGCUGCCAAUUGAAAUGAGUCAGCUCUGUGCGGAUGGCGGCGAUGUUCCCAGUGGUUCAGUACCAGUUGUUAAGAGUGAAAUGGAACUUUGGAUCCUUUUUCUAAAGCUUCAAGUGUUGUGGUCAGUCAAUGCAUCUCGAUUUGAGCUAAUGCCAAUACAGGUGCUGGUCCGCAGAAUUGCUCUGUUUACCGGGGAAGAGCUUUCCUGAGAGCGAUUAUCAGACAGUGUGAGGUUGGUUACCAAGCACAAAACAUGUAUCAACAAAGGUACAAAGGUACGGGAUUGACCUGUUGUUGCCGUCACCCUUUCUCAUUAAAACGGUCCCCUCUGCAUGAACCUGCAACGAGGAGAAAGGUACAACAGAUAGUGAAGUUGCCUUUUGAGAUGUUGAGCUGUACGGUAAUGUGAAAUAGAUGUUGUCAUCUGAACUCCUACCACCAAUCUGAGGCCAUCCUCCUCCAUGCAACCCUUCCUCCUCCUCCUUCCCCACUCUGCUAUACCCUCAAGCUUCUGCCCUCUACAUGCAACCCCCCCCCCCCCCCCCUCUCUCAGCUUAUCAUAGAAAGGAAGGUACUGAACUGCAUAAACAAAACCCAAAGACGGUAUUCUCACCAUCACUAUACAUAUUCCCAUUAUGGCCACAUUUCUUUCUUUGUUUAAAAAAAUAUAUAUAUUUUUAUUUCUAUUAGAGCUCUGACCAUUGAGUCCAAUUGCUUAUUAGUAUAUGAAAAGAUAUAUUAUAUAUACAAAUGUAUAUUCACCAAUGUUUUAAACCUUCAAAGUGCCUACCAUUUGGAAAUGUACUCGCUCUCUUGGAGAGAAUAGGGAGGUGCGUACAUUACACCAGGGGGGUGAUGAUAAUGACUGGCAUUUUUUUUUUUUGUCUUACAAAAGCAGACAGUAUUGUACCUAUACGUUGAAACAACACUACUGAAUAAACAUUGUGGCCUAA